CUGCUUUCCUUCUACGCUAAGCAGAUUCAAAUACAAAAAGCUAUCUCCACUUGUUUUCUUUCACUGUCUUCUUGAUCUUCAUUGCUGCCUCACAUAUUUUCUUAUGCAAACGAUGAGAUUCACCUUCAAAUGGCUUCACCAAUGAUUGCAUCAUGUUGGUAAGAUCCACUACAUAUUCUACUAUCUGCAAUUUGUCUCUCAAACCUUGUAAUUGAGGAAGCGCAAGUUCUAAACCAGCUGAAAAGCAGGAGAGGCUAAAGCACCAAAAGGAAGACGUUGAAGCAAAUUUGAAGACUCAGCGUAUGCAACCUGCAAAGAUCGCAAGGAAGGAAGUUGAAGAGUGGCUAGAGAAAGCAGGCCAACAGAUUGGCAUAAAGGUUGAAGAUCUGAUCAGCCAAGAGGAAUGUUCCUCUCCAUCCAACCUCAGGAGAAAAAUUGAAGAAUCGAGGCAAAUACUUGAGCAAGGAAAAGAAUUCACUAAUGCUGGUGUGAUUUUGGUCAGAGAUGAUCACUCAAUCAAAGGAUUUCCACUUCUCGUUGAAAAAUGUUGUGGCAGGGAUGAUAUACAAGAAAAAAUUCUGGAAUGGUUGAAGGGAGACAAGGUUACAAGAAUUGCUGUUUCGGGAAUGGGUGGUGUGGGCAAGACAACAAUUAUGAAGAAUGUCCACAACCAACUGUUGAUUGAAUCCAAAUUUGAGACAGUUAUUUGGGUAACAGUGUCAAAAGACUUUAACAUUACUGUCCAGCAAAAAAUGAAGUUUGAUAUUCUCCAGUUUCAGAAAAAGAUUGCAAGUAGCUUGGAACUAAAACGACAGCCAGAUCAUGAGAAUGAAACCAAGCUUGCUGCAUUGAUUUCACAAAGGUUGGGGCAGGGCAGCUUCCUGCUAAUUCUGGAUGAUGUGUGGGAGCCUUUUUCUCUAGAAGAUGUUGGAAUUUCUAAUCCAGUUGGAAAUAAUGGUUGCAAGUUAGUGCUCACGACACGGUCAAAAGCUGUUGCCCGUGCAAUGGAUUGUAAUGUGAUCCAUGUGAACCCUCUUCCACCUGAAGAAGCAUUAGAAUUAUUCUCGGAGAAAAUUGGAAGUGAUGUGUUUUCAGAUGGCAAAAUUAAAAGAGAUAUAGAGCCAUUUUUGAAGCAAAUUUUGCAGAAAUGUGAUGGAGUACCCCUUGCUAUUGUGACAGUGGCAAAAUCAAUGAAAGGGAAAUUACUUCCUCGUCAUUGGAAGUUGGCACUUUCUGAAUUCAGUAAAUUUGAAAGCAUUAUUGAUUGUUUGAAAUUCAGUUAUGAAUGCCUAGAACAACAAUGCCAGGAGUGUUUUUUAUGUUGUGCAUUGUAUCCUGAAGAUUAUGAAAUCGAAAAGGAGGAGUUAAUUGAGUAUUGGAUUGAGGAGGGGCUUAUAUAUAAGGAAGGGAAAACUAGGGAGGCAAUGAAUUGGAAGGGUCAUGAUAUACUCGAUAAGCUAGUUGACAACUGCUUGUUGCAAUCGAUUGAAUAUGAAGACGAAGAAUGUGUGAGUAUGCAUGAUCUUCUCCGAGAAAUGGCACUGGAAAUCAGUCCUCAAUUCUUGGUGAAAGCCGGCAUAGCCUUGGAGAAGUUACCAGAGGAGCAUGAAUGGAGAGAAAAUCUUUUGAAGGUUUCUUUAAUGAGGAAUGACAUAACAGAAAUUCCUUCAAGCAUGCCGUCUCCAAAGUGUCCUAUGCUCACAACCUUGCUGUUGUCUGACAAUAAGAUUUCAACAAUUCCAGAAGCUUUUUUUGAGCAUAUGCUUGGGCUCAAGAUUGUUGAUCUUUCCAAGAAUCGUCAGCUAAGUAGGCUGCCGAGUUCUAUCUCCAAAUUGGAGAAGCUUACUACAUUAUUGCUAUGGGAAUGUGAGUCCUUAAGAGAGGUACCAGCAUUAUCCAACCUUGUAGGAUUAAAAAAGUUGGACCUUUUAAGGACAUCAAUUGAAGAACUACCGCAAGGCCUCAACAUGUUAACAAAUCUAAAAUAUCUUGGUCUUGGUGGAAGAUUAUAUGAAACUCUUGAUGAACCGCUACUAAAUCUCUCCAAACUUCAGCAUUUACUAGUAACUGCCAAUCGCCAUGCCGAUACAGAAUUUAAAUGGGAGACGAUUGGAAUUUGGGGGAAGCUUCAAAACCUUGAGAAGCUGGAUCUUAAUUCUGUGCAUAACUUGAAUAUGGUGUUUGGGGAAGUAGGAGCAAUUGCUGAGUCAGCAUCGCUACCAGCUGGCACAUUUUCCUCUCUUCAAGAUAUUAGUGUUCGGCAUUGUAAUAAAAUAAAGAAGUUAUGCUCGGUAAGGUGGCAAGGAUAUCUCCAGAAACUACAGUCUAUUGAGGUUUAUGAUUGUAAGCAACUGGAGGAGAUAAUAGGGUCUGAAUCUAAAGAAGGAGAAAAAGUCACUCUACCCAACUUAGAAAGGUUGGAAUUGACAGGAUUGCCCUUAUUGAAGACCAUAUAUAGCGAAGAUUGCAAUUUCUGGUUGUGAAAAUAUAGAGAGUGUUUUUUGGUCCGGGUUCAACCCACUUCCAAAUCUUGAAUAUCUAUUCCUUUCUUUAAAGAAUUUGAAAUUCGUGUUUGAUGAAGAAGGUUUUGGUUUAUCGCCACGUGUACCUCCCACAAGCUUUUUCUCUCUUAAAGAAAUUAGGGUUGAAUAUUGUGAUCAAUUAAAGAAGGUAUUCUCAUCUGGAUGGCUGCUCCACUACUUCCAAUCCCUAAAGACUAUUGAGGUUUCAUUUUGUUCGCAAAUGGAGGAGCUGAUAUCGUCAUCGGCACAUGAAGAAGAAAAAGUCACUCUACCCAAGUUAGAAAGGUUGGCAUUGACAAGAUUGCCCUUAUUGAAGAGCAUCUGCAGCAGCUCCAGUGUGUUGAUUUGUGAUUCCAUCCAGACUUUGAGGAUUGUCAACUGUCAGAACCUAAAGAGGAUUCCUCUGAAUUUUCCCUUGCUUGAUAAUGCCCAAUCAUCUCAUCCUCCUUCCCUCAAAGAAAUUGUGGUAUUCCCA